AUGCUUCCCUUCCUCCGACGAUUAAGGCACCCGCUCCGCCGCCCGAUUCAUUUUUACAGGAUCGAUGAGCCCUCGCCUACACCUCAACAACUGGAGAGACAGCGCGAACGAGAGAAGCAAAAAGCCUCGGAUAAGAUCGAGAAUGACUUGGACGACGGACGCGCUGUGCCUAGAAGGCCCAGCUCACCCGACGAACUCCCUGUAAUCAUCGACAGAGGUCCUUACAAGGGUCUCAUGUAUCCAAAGGAGGAUCUAUACUACAACAGCAUCAUGUUGGCAUCGGAUGUGGAGCCGAUAUACGCCGGCCCGCCCGGUGGUCAUCUUAGGCAGGAGGUUCAUAGAACCCCAUUCCGGCGCCUCAACGCAACAAGUGGAGUAAAUCCACCGCCGAGACCGGUGCCGAGUGAACACUUGACAGCUUCACAGAAUGCAGACAACCUGAGGCGAUGGGAGGAGCGGAACGGUAAGAACAUAGGGGAGCGACAUGUCGAAAAUCCCGCCGUCAUGCGUUUCGAACUUCCAAAGCGAUCUCCAUCAGUUCCGAGGGCAUCUUCGCCUCCGAGGGGACCCAUCACGCCCGGCUUACAGGAAUGGGAUGUGUUCAUGGACUUUCCCUCGGAGUAUUCCGUACAAGUGUAUUGCGAUCGGGAAAGUGAUCGACCUGCAGGCCCAACAUCCACUACCCCAGCUCCACCGAAACCCGUAGCAGUACCUAAAACAUGCAUUCCCACAGUAAAAGGUGAUGAAAAGUCUCGCCUAUCGGCCAAAGAUAUCCCUCUUUUCGUCCAAGCUCCAGAUCAGCCACCAAGCCAUCCUCCGUUCACUUCGCUGCAUGGGUCCAAAGAGCCCGAGAUACUGACCUCGGACAUAGCAUUGAAGCGCAGUCUUAAAAAUGAGUCGGUCAAUCCAGAGAUGAGGGCGGCAGUCCGAGAAAAAGUGGAGCGUAGCUCUACAACUAACGUCGCAAAGUGCGUGCAGAAUCAACCAGUUUCUGCAGUCGAUAGUGAUCUUGUACCGAACUUCAGUCAUCUUGUUGCGGAGAAUUCGUUCUCUGAUCGUAUGCCUGAUGAACAGGUUUUUGCAAUACGGUCAGCGGCACAUAGCGAGAACCAACAUCAACAUGAGCUCCUGCCGAACAACGUUAGUUCCGGAUACUAUAAUCUACCAACUUCGGAUGAUGAUACGACUAUGAACUGGCCUUUGGCCCUUAGAGGGGGCCAGGAUCUACGCCAUGGUCAGCUGCCAAAUGGUGUUCCAGCAAACUAUUACCCGCCUUCGAGUUCCAGCGACUCCAGCUUUGGUCAGCACCAACCACUGCCUCCCGACCACGUUCCAAGCCGUGUUUCUAGUCUCCUCUCUACCAUCCUGACGUCUUCCGAACUCGACCUACAUGCAGAGAUCGUCGGCAGAUCGGCACCCGCACAAUCUUCGGCUCUUUCUGCAUUAGUGCCGCCUAGCAAUGCAACUUCCCCAAAUCCCAUGCAUGGUCGUCUUAUUGGAAAACUGCACAGUACUGUUUAUGGUCUGCAGGACCGCGUCACAGGCCUUGAAGAGGACCUCAUUCCCCGCAUGACUGCAUGGCUUGCGCAAAAAGAAUCGCAAAUUGGUGAGCUAAACACCAAGGCUGGGGAUCUAGACGACGAGAUCACCACCCUCAAGCAGAUUGUAGAUUUUGGUACCAAGCUACUCAAUGGAUGUUGGGAGCGGGAAUGGGAGCUCUGGAGCACGCUGAUCGAUAUCCAAAAACAGCGGGAGUCGAAUCGCAGUUCCCUAUCUCGCAUCUUCUCCUGUAGGAAGUCGACUUUAGCUUCAGAUUUGCAGUUAUUGGGAGAUAGCAUGCCCAGAGGUUACGUGGCUCGGAUGUUGUCAUCUAGUAGAUCUACGCAGAGAUUGCUCAGAACGAGAGAGCUCGAUGCUGUAUUACUGAUGGCGAAGCAAAACGUGGCAAUUCUCAGGGAGGAUAUGGAAGAUAUGGCGGGAUUCGUGAAAGCGUACCAGGCAAGAGCGGAAAUUGUGGGUGGGUUAGUGCCUGUCGGAGUGUCUUGGAGAGAUGUCUAA